AUGCAGGUAUUUCAAUUUCACGCCAGUUCUGCGCUGGAUGUUGAUUGGAUGUCUGAAGAUACGUUUGCUUCCUGUAGCACGGAUAUGUGCAUUCAUGUAUGCAAAUUGGGUUGCGAGAAGCCAUUAAAAACAUUUCAAGGACAUACAAAUGAAGUUAAUGCAGUGAAGUAUGAUACUUGUUCACGACUUCUGGCAUCAUGUUCCGAUGAUAUGACGCUAAAGAUCUGGUCGAUGAAUUCUGAUAGUGCAGUGCACAAUCUGACAGCACAUGAUAAGGAGAUUUAUACGAUACGUUGGUCACCAGUGGGUAGUACACUUGCCAGUGCUUCAUUCGAUCAUACAGUGCGACUGUGGGAUGUGGAGCGAGGGCAGUGUCUUCGUACGUUAACCAAACAUACGGAGCCCGUUUAUUCAGUUGGUUUCUCGCCGGACGGAAAAUACAUUGCAUCCGGUUCAUUCGAUCGAUGUGUCUAUAUUUGGGAUGUGCAGGUAUGA